AGUAAAACGCGGGGCCCUUUUGGCGGUCAGAUCGGCUCCCGCUUCUCCCGCCGCGCCGGGCCGCCCCCGGCUCGGGGAGGGAGAAGAGCAGCCAACGUCUCUAUAGAGGAUUCCAGAUGUGUCCCCCAAUGGAGAGAACAUUUUGCCUCUGCUGGAGGGUGAAAGUAGCUGUCUGGAUAAGGAGGACUUGUGGAGAAAUUCAAGUACAGUAUACAUGCUAUGCUGGCUGAAGGUGAAAGCAUGGCAAGUACAACGCUACGUGCCACUAAUACAUCAGCGUCUCAGAAUCUUCAGAAAGUGUCUGGUUUUGUAGAAAAUAAAACCACACCGUGCUCGUUUUCCAUUGAAAGUAUUUUGGGACUGGAGCAGAAAAAAGAUGGCAUUCCAGCUGUGAAACCUCACAGACCAUGGAUGGAUGCAUGCGCCAACUUGGUUUUAGGUGACGACAGCAAUCCUCAUCUGCAAAUCCCUGUUGUUUGCUAUGAAAAUCCUUUAUUUUGUGCUAACAGUAAUCCAGUGCAAGAGGAAAAAGUUUUGAAAUGUGAAAAAUAUUUUUCAGUCACUGAAAGGCUAUCUUUCAAACGAGAAUUGAGCUGGUACAGGGGUAGAAGACCAAGAACUGCAUUCACUAGAAACCAGAUUGAAGUCUUGGAAAAUGUUUUUAAAAUGAACUCCUACCCUGGCAUUGAUAUUAGAGAAGAGCUAGCUCGCAAAUUAGAUUUAGAUGAAGACAGGAUCCAGAUCUGGUUCCAGAACCGUCGUGCAAAGCUGAAAAGGUCACACCGAGAAUCUCAGUUUCUAAUGGUGAAAAAUACUUUCACCUCCAGCCUGCUAGAGUAGAAAGAAGGAUGGUUUGCUGUUACGGCAGUACAACAGCACAUGAAGAAUUUUUGGAAUUUUCAUAACUUGUAUUAAGUAGCGGUGAUAUAUUAAUUAUGACUUUAUCCCCAGAUUUGAAAGUUUAUCAUAAUUUUCAUUCAAAUAAACUAAAUACUUAAAGUUAUUAUAAUCUACUUUUUGUGGAAAAAGUAAACUUUUCCUAUAUAUUUUAAUAAGUAUUUUCAGAAGAGUUUAGAUAUCUUUGAAGUUUAAAAAAAUCCAAACCAUAGGUUGCACAAGACUUUCAGCUAGUAUGAAUUACAGCAGCUUAACUGAAGAUGACUUAACAAAGCCUCAUACUUUUAAAAAAAGUCUGUUUAAAGUCUGAAAUACACAAUAUGCAAAAUAGAAUUUGCUACCUGAAACAGAUUGUGUGCUACAUUGGAGUUUAAAUAGCUUAUUUAUAAAGAGUACGAUAGUUUUCAUAAAGAACAUAAUUUUUAGAAAAAGGUGUCUCAAAUGGAAGGGCUAGUAUUCAACUGACUGUUCGGUUUAGAAGAAUUGUUUGGUUUAAAGAAGCUGAAAAUUAUAAUAUUUUUAUAUCAUAUUUUAAUUAAUUUAGGAUAUUUGCCUAUUUAAUAUUUGAACUUGGCUAUUUCCAAGUUAAUUUUAGGGUGUUGAAUUCAUUUUUAUCUAACAAUACAUGAAAGUAUGUUUGAUAUUCAGCCUGAAGUCUACAUGCAUAAGGAGAGCCUUAUCCAAAAAAACCAACUCUUCCUGGCCAUGAUGUAGGAAAACAUUGUAAGUAUGCAUUUAUACCAUUCCUUGUUCAGCAGCGCUUUAAGCACUUGCUUGAAGUGCUGGUGUCCUUCAGUGAGACUUCAGCCUGUGUUUCUUACUGGAGAUAUGUUCUACAUGGGCCCAGCUGUAUAUACAAAAAGUCAUUUUGUGUUAGGCUGAUGGUUCAGCAGAAGCGCUGACUUUAAAUGAUAUUUCAAUCUUUAAACCUGAAAGAAGUAGUAAAUCCCCAAAAAUUUAGACAUAAAGCUUUGUUAAUUGCAUUUUCCCACUUCGCUGACUUGAAAAAUGUUUUAUUUUGAACGAAAAAUAUAUUUACAGUAGUCAAAAAACUGAACUGAAUCAUUGUAUCUGAUUUAAAAAAAAAAAAAAGCAUAGGGAAAAAUUUUGAAAACUAGGGAGAGGAAAUUAUGUGAGUGCUUCUGACAUUCAAAUUGUUUUUAUCUAACUCAGAGUAUAGAUCUCAGACUAACUAUCCCACAUUGAAGGAAUGCUUAUCCACUGAGCUAUGAUGUUGGUUUCCAGAUUUCUUGUGGAAACGCUUCAUACAAAGUACUUUGAUAUUCACUGGAGGAAGAAUUUGAGCCAGUCUUCAGUCUACAUACCGUAGCCACCAGACUCAUUCACAGUCUGACACUCAGCUUCUAUGAACUCAGUUAGGACACUGAGGAUGUAGAAGUCAGCAUAUCAUUAUUAAUAUAGGCUAAAUAUAAAUAGCAAAAAAGGGGAAAAAAAAUCCAUAGCAUCUUGCAGUGUUUUAGUAGUGCAAAUACAGUUAGAUUGUUCUUCACUUGCACUUUCUUGUUUAAUAAAGUGACAACAGAUUUUUUUUUCCUGGCAUGUUACUUUCAAUGUAGUAUAGUGUCUAGAAGAGGUAAGUCUUAAAAUUUUAAAGACCUGUCUCUACUGCUUCCAGACAGUUUUUGAUUCCUAUAACUCUUCUAACAUGCUCUGCUUUUCCGUCGGUAUGUGUUCUUUCUUAUGACAUCUCUUUACAUUUCAGUUGUUACAAUGGAUGAUUUAAUGUAGCUUUGCUGAAUGUUUGCAAGGUAUUGCGAAAUGCAGUUAGUUAGGAUUUUACCAGAGAACAUUGUACCUGUUAUAUCAUGAACAAACCAAGUAUUGCUCUUCCUUUCUCGAUGCUUGCAUCCAUGAUAUCUGCUGUCCUAUAGAAUGAAAGGUAAGUUUGAGAAAAGCUGUGAUAGAAAAAGCUUAGUUUUAUGUAGUCUCAUAUUAGGAAGACUAAAGGGAAGGGUGAUCUGACCUCAGUCCUUAGUUGAUAUUUUGGAUGAUAGGUUGAGAUAUAAGAGUUUGAAUAAAAAACAUUUCUAUAUUUUCUGAAAAAUAUUACUGAAAAGCUGCAUUACUUUAGAACCAGGCUACAGGUAUUUGCCAUUUUGUGUCCUUUAACUUCAUGGGCCCAUUGCCUUCAUUUUUAUAGAAUCUCUAAAAUCUUGAAUUGUUUGACUUUGCUCCUGGAAAUCCUAUUUCAGUGUGACAAUAAAAACUUUUAUCCA